AUGAAGCUUUUCUUCUUCUUCCUCCUCUUCCUCAAUUCUCGCGGCUUAGUAUUCCCUCCAAAAGUGGUACCUGUUCAAGUUGCUGUGAUCCAGGUUCCCAUCAAAGGUGCUGCUGAUGACCAAGCACUCUCUGAUGCUUGUGAAGCUGUUGAAUCCACCUAGCUCGGGGCUGGAAUCCGUGCUGAAGCAGAUAUCCGCGACAACUAUUCUAGCGGCUGGAAGUAUGCGGAUCAAGAACUAAAGAGUGUUCCUUUGAGAAUUGAAAUUGGACCCAGAGAUUUGGCCAAUGAUCAGGUGAGAAUAGUGAGUCGUGGCAAUGGAGCUAAGAUGGAUGUCAAGAGAGGGAAUUUGAUUAAACAAGCUAAGGACUUGCUAGAGAAAAUCCAAUACCUCUAUGAUGUGGUAAAGAGAAAGGUGGAAGAAUGUAGACUAUGUAGUCAAAAGGUUGAAACUUGGGAUAAAUUUGUGGAAGCUUUGAUUAUGUCAUGAGCAAAUUGGGACUCAUAUC